AAUCCUAACUAAGAAAAAUUCGGUGUUGUUUUUCAAUGGAUCCCUAUCAACCAGCCGGUCAACCUUGUUCUUCAACAAAACUCGAAAGAAAAAUUGUCGAGAAAAAUAGGAGAAUUAAGAUGAAGAUUCUCUGUUCCAAACUCAACUCUCUUCUUCCUAACUAUAAUCCCAAGGAAGCUUUACCACUAAUAGAUCAAAUAGACGAUGCUAUAAAUUACAUAAAGAGCUUAGAGACAAAUUUGAAAUUGGCGAAGGAGAAGAAAGAAAGUUUAAUGAGAAGCAAGAGAUCACGUAGUGGCUGUUCGAGUUCUUCUGGAGUAAAAGGAAGCAUGAAAUCACCAAAUAUUGAGAUCCAUGAAAAUGGUUCUUCUCUACAAGUCAUUGUAACAUGUGGGGUUGAUGAUAAGUUCAUUUUCUAUGAAAUUAUAAGAAUACUGCAUGAAGAUCACGUGGAGGUCAUCUCAUCAAACUCUUCAAUGAUAGGAGAUUCAGUUAUUCAUGUGGUGCAUGCAGAGAUUCUGCAAUCUUUGUUACAAUUUGGAGCAACCAAAGUAAGUGAGAGAUUGAAAAUGUUUGUAAAUGGAUUAGUGAGAGAGGUGCAAAUAGAGCCUCCACUGUGGAAUUUUGAGAUUGGAACCGAGAAUUGGGAGCUAAGUUCUAUAGUAAACAAGUGUUUACCAGAUUCUUUAUGAAGAACAAGAAGAGAUACAACAAACAAAUGCAGUGGAGAUUCUAACUAAUUUAAGAAGAAAACGUAGA